AUGGAAGUGCAAGGCCGACACCCCACCUGUCACUUCCUCCUGGAGCUGGAGCGUGACCGGUCAGACUGCGGGACCCGACUGAAGGAGCAGGACAGGGCAGGAGAGACAGGAGGUGUGUGCCGGGGCGUGUGGGACAGCGUGGCCUGCUGGGACAGAGCGGAGGUGGGACAGACGGUGGUGAUUCCCUGUCCUCGGGCGCUCAGGACAUUCUUCAGCAGAGACGGGAACAUCAGCAGGAGGUGCACGUCAGAGGGAUGGUCUGAGGUGUUCCCAAACAUCUCGUCGGUGUGUGGAGCGGACACCAGUCAGGAUCAGCUGCUGUUCUACGUGCUGGUCCAGGCUCUGUACACAGUGGGCCACAGUCUGUCCCUCCUCGCUCUGACCACCGGGAGCGCCAUCCUGUGCCUCUGCAGGAGACUGCACUGCACCAGAAACUCCAUCCACCUGAACCUGUUCCUCAGCUUCAUCUUCAGAGCUGUGGCCGUUCUUCUGAAGGACCAGGUGCUCUUCAGCAGAGAUGUGCAGUGUUCUCCGCAUGGCUCCCUGGUGGGCUGCAGGAUCACUCUGGUCAUCCUCCAGUACUUCGUCAUGGCGAACUUCUCGUGGCUGCUGGUGGAGGGGCUGUACCUUCACACGCUGCUCCUGGUCAUCUUCUCAGACAACCGACACUUCCGGGCCUACCUGUUCAUCGGCUGGGGGGCUCCCUGUGUGCUGGUGUGUGUGUGGGCUCUGGCCAGGCUGUACCUGGAGGACACCGGGUGCUGGGAGAUCAACGACCACCCCAUCCCCCACUGGCUCAUCAACGGCCCCAUCGGUCUGUCCGUCCUGGUGAAUUUCCUCCUCUUCAUCAGAAUCGUGCGUGUGCUGAUGCAGAAGCUCCGGGGGGCAGACAUGGGAGGACAUGACCAGUCCCAGUACAGGAGACUGGCCAAGUCGACUCUGCUCCUCAUCCCUCUGUUUGGAGUCCACUACAUCGUCUUUGUGUCUCUGAGCGAGUCUGUGGCAGAAAGGUCCAAGAUCUUCUUUGACCUGGCCCUCGGCUCUUUUCAGGGGUUGGUGGUGGCCAUCUUGUACUGCUUCCUCAACUCUGAGGUCCAGGCGGAGCUGAGGAGAACCUGGAGGAGCCUCUGUCUGAACUGUGCCCUGACCAGAGACCUGCCCCUGACCCACACUGUGUUCAGAACCACGUCCGGACACAUGGUCCACCUCCAGCACGACCAGCGCACCCAGUGUGACAAGCACCCCCGAGAGUACCCCGCUGUGACCCGAGAGUGCCCCCGCUGUGACCCCCGAGAGCACCCCCGAGAGCACCCCGCUGUGACCCCGAGAGCACCCCGAGAGUACCCCGCUGUGACCCCGAGAGCACCCCCGAGAGUACCCCGCUGUGACCCCGAGAAGACCCCGAGAGACCCCCGAGAGUACCCCGCUGUGACCCCGAGAGUACCCCGCUGUGACCCCGAGAGUGACCACGAGAGUACCCCGAGAGCAACCCCGAGAGUACCCCGCUCUGACCCCGAGAGUACCCCGCUGUGA